AUGCGUGUCAAUGCUCGGGGCUUUGCUCAGUUGGCUCCUUGUUUACGAUCAUCGGUUGACCGAGUCCCAGUCAUCGCAUCUUUUCAAUGCCAUGUUCAUCGAGCAAUUUGCCACCAUGCGCGUCGCAGCUCGUUGCGCCCUCGCGUACCCGCGACGCUCCCGCCAGUUGAACAGUACAGAGGCGCCAAAACGAAGGCGACUGUCAAAUUGAACGACCUCCCACAGGGUGUUGUCAAAUUGGAAACCUACGAUGACGGAAUGGAUGAUGCCCCUCGGUAUCCUACCGUGGUGCAAGGGCAUCGCAAUAACAUGCAGAAGUUUAAGAACUGUGUUAUCCUAACAAGAGUUGGAGGCUUUUACGAGCUUUAUUUCGAACAAGCCGAAGAACUUGCGCCACUGCUUAGCUUGAAGCUCGCGUCCAAGAAAACCAGCGCCGGACCCGUUCCGAUGGCCGGCUUCCCUUUCUUCCAGCUCGAUCGCUUCCUCAAGAUACUCGUUCAAGACCUCAAUAAAUAUGUGGCUAUCAGCGAGGAGUUUGCUAUUGAGGCAGAGGACAAGCUAAAAUCUGGAGGCUUGAUGUGGGACCGGAAGGUGGCUAGAAUCAUCACGCCAGGGACCUUGAUUGAUGAAAAGUUCAUCGAUCCCUCUGAGAACAACUUUUUGCUGGCAAUAUACUUGGAUGUUACUGCAUUAGCAGCGCAAUCAAAGGACCAAGUCGAUUCUCAAUCGUCGCAUCACAUAUUGUCCUCUGUACCUCAGGCUGUAGGCUUGUCGUGGAUGGACUUGUCUACGGGCGACUUCUAUACACAGCUCACAACAUUACAGAUGUUACCAUCGGCCAUCGCUAGAAUUGGAGCUCGCGAAAUCCUCGUUGAUCAGAAUGUUCAAGAUUUGAUCGGCCAGGAACUCCAGCUACUGGUUGGACAUGAGCACCGUCUUGUGACAUUCUUCCGAUUUCCCGAAAAGUUCGCACCGAUGUCUGAAUGGGACUCCAUGCUCGAAGCCCCCAUUCCGGAAGAUGCCCAUGCCACAUUCACUCCAGAGGAAAUAGCCGCUGGGUACAGCCUACUUGAGUACACUCGAGUACAGCUGCAGAGGACAGACCUCAAACUCUCGCCUCCGCGCCGGCGGCAUUUAGACGAAUCCAUGAGCAUCGAUCGAAACAGUCUAAGAGGUCUUGAGAUUCUUGAGACUGCACGGGAUGGGUUUGGUAAAGGAAGCCUGCUUCAUGCUGUCCGCAGAACCAGCACAAAAAGCGGUGCUCGCCUUUUACGGGAUCGACUGACCUCUCCGUCUACAUCCAUCCAAGUAAUCAACGACCGAUUGGACCUUGUCUCGGUGUUUAUUGACAACCCCGAUCUCCGCGAUGGCGUAAUUCAGUUGCUCAAACGCAGCUACGAUGCUCAGCGCUUGGUACAAAAGUUUGCUCUUGGCAAAGGAGAUGCCGACGACUUGAUUUGCCUUUCUCGAGCCGUUGAAGCCUCCAAGGGGGUUAGACAAGUCCUCUCCGACCAUGCGAGACAACUGCGUAAGUCCGAUGCGAAACAAAGCCUAGCGUCAAUGAUCUCUCGUCUUCAUCUCGACGGUCCGAUUGCUAUAGCGGACCGCAUCUUGGCUGCCAUCGACGAGGAUUGUCUCCUUCAGCAGCAACAUAUCGAAGAAAAUACGGCUGCUGAAGCGGCUCGCCUUGCCCAAGAAGUUGCUUUGAACGAAGGCACCCCCAGCGAGCUGGAGGCACUGCCAAAGAAAGUUCGUGCCAAACCCAGCGGGCGCACCGCCACCGUGGAUACGGACUUCGGGCCUGUUGAGACAUGGAUUAUGCGCCGCGAUGCCAGCAAGACACUGAAAACCCUCCAUGAGCAACUGGACGGAUUCUUCGAUGAGAAGAGUACACUAACCCAGCGCCUCCGUGAGUCCGUGUGUUCCACCAAUCUCACACUCAAAUGGACGCCCGGACUAGGCCACAUUUGCCACGUCAAAGGCGCCAAAAUCUCUCAGCAGUCCCUUGAAGAUCUAGGCGUCACGCGAAAUGUGUCGUCCACCAAAUCCACCCGCUCCUUCUACCUACCGGCCUGGACCGAGCUCGGCAACCGCAUGGAUAAUGUGAAAGUGCGAAUUCGACAAGAAGAACAAGCUAUCUUCGAGCGCCUCCGCCGCGAAGUUAUUCUCAACUUAGUCAAGAUCCGCCGCAACGCCGCGGUCAUGGACGAACUGGACGUGGCCUGCUCAUUCGCCACCCUAGCUCAAGAACAGCAAAUGGUCCGACCCAUUCUCAACGAAGGAACCACACACAAAAUUGCCGGCGGGCGCCACCCAACCGUGAAACUGGGCCUCGAAGAGCAAGGCCGGACGUUCGUCAGCAACGAUUGCUUCCUCGGCGAGCGCGAGCGCAUCUGGCUCAUCACAGGCCCUAACAUGGCCGGUAAAAGCACCUUUCUGCGGCAAAAUGCACUGAUUACGAUCCUCGCACAAGUCGGCUCCUAUGUGCCUGCUGCCUACGCCGAGAUCGGGGUCGUUGACCAGAUCUUCAGUCGUAUCGGGGCUGCAGACGACCUAUUCCGCGACCAAUCGACUUUCAUGGUCGAGAUGCUGGAGACUGCAACGAUCUUGAAGCAGGCCAGUCCGCGAUCAUUUGUGAUAAUGGAUGAGGUCGGGCGAGGUACGACGCCAGAAGAUGGGACGGCGGUAAGCUUUGCAUGUCUUCAUCAUCUCCACUACCGAAAUCGCAGCCGCGUGCUGUUCGCCACGCACUUCCAUGCGCUGGCGGAUAUGACGAAGUCAUUUGAGUGUUUGGAGAGGUAUUGUACUGAUGUCAAGGAAAGCCCCGGUGGAGGCUUCUCGUUUGUGCAUCGUUUACGAAAGGGCGUGAAUCGGGAGUCGCAUGCGCUCAAGGUGGCAAAGCUGGCUGGGUUACCCAGGGAGACUCUUGAGCUUGCGUCUCGUAUCCAAGGGCAGUUGAGAGAAGAAAUAGGCUCCUCAGACGAUGCCAGGUUAAUCAACGAGACUUGCGAUGACAAUCGACCUCUCUCGCAUACUGCCUAG